GUUUGCAACGCAGUGUGGGUUACUCUCUGUUUGGUUUCUGAGAAAGUGGUUGAUUUCUGUUGGCAACAAUGGCUGUUUCCGUGAGAUUAAUGGGUCUGAUAGUAGCAUUUUGUGGUGCAGUUUCCUUCAUAUUUGGAGUUGUUGCUGAGAACAAGAAGCCAGCAGCUGGAACUCCAAUAACAGGGAAAGGUGUUGUUAUCUGCAAGUACCCCUCUGAUCCAACUGUCGUUUUGGGGUAUUUGUCUGUAGCAUUUCUCAUUGCUACUACUGUGGCUGGGUUUUUGUCUCUGUUUUACCCUUACAAAGGAAAAUCUGUUCCACAAAGUGCCUUAUUUAGAAGCGCCAGUUUUGUUGUUUUCUUCAACAUUGCUAUGUAAGCAUUCUGUUCUCAGUUCUCACUCUCCCAUAUUUUUUGAUAUUCUUAUUCUGAUAUCUUGAAGAGACAAGCACUAUUCAUGCUCA